AUGUCGACCCAGGCCCAUGCAAAGACGGACCGGGAGCUCGCCGUCAACAUCCAGAAAGCGACCAACCCCGAGGAGACGGCGCCGAAACGCAAGCAUGUGCGCAGCUGCAUUGUCUACACAUGGGACAACAAGUCGUCGCUGGCCUUCUGGGCCGGCAUGAAGGUCCAGCCGGUCCUCGCCGACGAAGUCCAGACGUUCAAGGCCCUCAUCACCGUGCACAAGGUCCUGCAGGAGGGCCACCCGAUCGCGCUCAAGGAAGCCAUGGCCAACCGUGGAUGGGUUGAGUCGCUUGGCCGCGGCUCCGAGGGCAUGCGCGGCUACGGCCCCCUGAUCCACGAAUACGUGCGCUACCUGCUGGCCAAGCUCGCCUUCCACCACCAGCACCCCAACUUCAACGGCACGUUCGAGUACGAGGAGUACCUGUCGCUCAAGCUGAUCAACGACCCGAACGAGGGCUACGAGGUCAUCUCCGACCUCAUGUCCCUGCAAGACAAGAUCGACACGUUCCAGAAGCUCAUCUUUGCGCACUUCCGCCACUCUGCCAACGAGUGCCGCAUCUCGGCCCUUGUGCCGCUCGUGCAGGAGAGCUACGGCCUGUACAAAUUUGUCACGAGCAUGCUGCGCGCCAUGCACCAGUCGACUGGCGACGACGAAGCUCUUCAGCCCCUCCGCGAGCGCUACGAUGCCGAACACUACCGCCUCGUCAAGUUCUACUACGAGUGCGCCAACCUCCGCUACCUCACAUCGCUCAUCAACGUCCCGAAGCUGUCGGCCGACCCUCCCAACCUCUUGGCAGACGAGGCCACCGCGCCCGCCCUCCCUGCGCGCCCCAAGCAAGAAAUCGAGCGCGCCCCCUCCCCACCACCGGCCGAGCCCAAGUCCGACGAGCCCGACGAGAUGUCGGAAUUCUGGAAGAGCGAGCUGGAGCGCCAGAACCAGGAGUUUGCCGACCAGCAGCGCGUGCUCGAGGAGCGGGCGCAGCAGCAGGCCCUGGCGCAGCAGCAGGCCGCCCUCCGCGCCCAGCAGGAAUUUGAGGAGCAGCAGCGCCUCCUGGCCGAGCAGCAGCGGCGCGAGCAAGAGGCGCUGGCGGCACAGCAGUCGCAGUGGCAGACGCAGGGCCGCCUGGCCGAGCUGGAGCGCGAGAAUCUGAACGCGCGCGCCCAGUACGAGCAGGACCAGCUGCUGCUGCAGCAGUACGAUGCCCGUGUCAAGGCGCUGGAGGGCGAGCUGGCGAACCAGCAGGAGAACGCGAACCGCCAGCAGGGCGCCAAGGACGACCAGAUCCGCGCGCUGCAGGAGCAGGUCAACACGUGGCGGUCCAAGUACGACGCGCUCGCCAAGCUGUACGCGCAGCUGCGCCACGAGCACCUGGACCUGCUGCAGAAGUUCAAGACGGUGCAGCUCAAGGCGGCGUCGGCACAGGAGGCCGUGGACCGGCGCGAGAAGCUGGAGCGCGAGCUCAAGACGAAGAACCUGGAGCUGGCCGACAUGAUCCGCGAGCGCGACCGCGCCUUCCACGACCGCGACCGCCUCAAGGGCUCCAACAAGGACGACGUCGAGCGCCUGCAGCGCGAGCUGCGCAUGGCGCAGGACAAGGCCGACAACCUGGAGCGGUCCAAGGGCAACGAGCUCUCGACCAUGGUGUCCAAGUACCACCGGGAGCUGGCGGACCUCGAAGAGGCGCUGCGCCUGAAGACCGUGGCCCUCGACGAGGCCCGCGGCCAGCUCAGCAACGGCUCGACGGAUCUCGAGCGCGCCCUGCGCGACAAAGAGGACGAACUGGCCGUCUACAAGGCCGGCAUGGACCAGGCCCUCGAGGAGCUGGAGGUCCUCAAGGAGGGACAGUCCGCCGACCACGAAAUCGACACGCUCCUCGUGGGCAAGCUGGACGACCUGAUCGAUGCCGUCCUCGAUGCCGCCGCCGCCCGCGUCGACGACUCCCUCUACGAGCUCGACUCGACCCUCCACGCCGGCAACCCGUCUGCGCUCCCUCCCUACCUCAUGUCCCAGGUCGAAAAGGCGUCGUCGGCCGCCAUGGAGUGUGCCACGGCCUUCAACAACUACAUUGCCGACGGCCCCAACACGCCGCCGGCGGCGCUCGCCGAUCUGCCCAAGAACAUCUCGACGCUCGCCAGCUCGGUGGCCGACCUCGUGCCCAGCGUCAAGGGCAUUGCGCGGCGCACGACCGACGACGACAAGCUCAUCAACGCCGCGCGCGUCGCCGCCCAGGCCACGGCGCGCUUCUUCCGCAAUCUGCAGAGCUGGCGCCUGGACGGCCUCGACGCGAUCCAGAAGACGGACGUGGUGAUCAACGGCAACAACGAUGUGCAGCUGACGCUGCAGGCGCUCAACAAGCUGGUGGAUGUUCUCCCGCGCGGCUUCACGCUGGGCAAGGGCGGCGACCCGGGCGAGAUUGUGGAGAAGGAGCUGGCCAAGGCGGCGGACGCGGUCAAGGCGGCGGCGGCGCGCCUGGCGGCGCUGCGCAACAAGCCGCGGGAUCCGUUUGCGGCGUACAAGGUCGAGGUGCACGAGGCCAUUCUGGACGCGGCGGGCGCGGUGACGUCGGCGGUGGCCGAGCUCGUGCGCGCGGCGGCGGCGGCGCAGGCGGACAUUGUGCAGGCGGGCCGGGGCGCGCAGUCGCGGACGGCGUUUUACAAGAAGAACAACCGCUGGACCGAGGGCCUGAUCUCGGCGGCCAAGGCCGUGGCGGCGUCGACCAACACGCUCAUCGAGACGGCCGACGGCGUGCUGUCGAACCGCAACAGCCCCGAGCAGCUGAUUGUGGCGUCCAACGACGUGGCGGCCAGCACGGCGCAGCUGGUGGCGGCGAGCCGCGUGCGCGCCGUGGGCGGCCUGGCGAGCCGCACGCAGGAGGCGCUCGAGGUGGCGAGCAAGUCGGUGGGCGCGGCGUGCCGGUCGCUGGUGCGGCAGGUGCAGUCGCUGCUGAAGCCCGAGUCGGACGAGGCGGUGGACUACUCGAAGCUGGGCUCGCACGAGUUCAAGGUGCGGGAGAUGGAGCAGCAGGUCGAGAUCCUGCAGCUGGAGAACGCGCUGUCGUCGGCGCGGCGGCGGCUGGGCGAGAUGCGCAAGAUUUCGUACCAGGAAGAGUGA